AUGGUUUCAGAGAAGUCAGAAAAAAUUGAGAAAACUUCAAAAAAUCAGCAAAAGGUUAUUCAAGAUUUUGACGACUCUGAUGAGAUCAAGUUCACUAAAAAUCAGAAUAUAGAACUUGAUUUAAUACGAGAUUUACAGAGUGGUAGUAUUAUUACUUCACCUCUGAAAUUA